AUGGAUUCGCGUUUUUGGAGAUGGGUCGUCAUACACAUCGAUGCUCCAUACGUCACACGAGAGAUCGCGGAGACAUUCUUCCACGCCUCCCGCAAAAACAGGAUACGCAUCUAUAUCUGCUACAGCGGUCCUCCCUUCAUGAACCCCGACCGCGAAAACAGACGCGUGAUGAUGGCCAUGGAAUGUGCCAGACCACACCUCUCUCGAUGUUCCGAGUUUAACCUCCGGAUCCUCUAUCGUUCGUCUACCGUCAUUGCAAGCCGUUACCUGGACGGCACCUAUGCUCCUUCUCGGGGAAAACUCUCCCUCAUUUCAUCUAUCACGGACAGCACCGAGUGCUUUGGCGCGAUCAAACUCAUCUGCCCUCGGCUUUUAUGGAUAUGGCUCGACGCUCAAAGUCUUGUCGACUUCAUCUUUACAAACACCGGUCAUACCUCCUUUCCACAGUCCAACAUCAUACUCCACGCCACUCGUUAUCGACCCCAUGGCAUCCCUAAUUCGCUUUUAGCAAAGUCUUUUGCUCAUGCAGUAGCUAUAGCAAGAAGAAAAGUGAUUGUCACGUUCACUCUGACCGACGUUGAAUUUUCCCACAACGAUCAUUCUGAGGUCAUCUCGUCAAUAUCUCUCAACACGCGUCCCCAAGAGGAAGAAGACCAUGGUCGCGAACUGAUCAUCCGCCUCACGGAUAUGGAAGGACCAUCCAUCUCAAGUUUACUAAACCAUAUCAUGGCAGACACGCUCUCAUCGUCACUCAUCAGCAUUGACAACUGUGACCUCGCAGGCUUCGAGUUACACGACCGACUACCCUUCCAGUGCCGCCUAAGCCUAGAUAACAUCCGGAGCACAUCAAGCCUAACCGCAAUCACCAGCCAAUGGGACGGUUCUGUCCUGUUGCUCCGUAGUUGUGCUGGUUUCAACCGCGACUUCCUGUACAUCCUUGGAGAAGACACGAAUAUUUGUCCCAACAUGAAAACACUCGCGAUCGACGGUCUACAUUGGAGUUUGGGCGAGUUGAUACACAUGUGUGAAGCGAGGCACAACGCUGGGCGGCGAUUGGAAAGACUGGAAGUUGAGGGCGACAUUCCUGUUGCCAGCGGGGAGGAGUUGGAGUUACUUGAGAUGUAUGUGGAUGAGGUCGAUUGGAGCCCUGGGUAUGAUUUGAUGCAGGAGCAUGCUGAUAUGGGACGGAGGGGGAGCUCGGAUGAGGUUCAAGUCUAG